CGGUUGUUUUCGCCCCUGGACCGGGACCAGACGUACGGUUAACGAGACGCGAGCGAGCGGCGUCACGCGUACGCGGCCCGACGGGUGCGAAGGUUUGUUUUUUUGACGUUCGGGCGGCGGACUAUUUGACGCGGCGGAGGACCCACGCGGGGCGCUCUUCGCGCUUUCCUUUUUGAGAAAGUGCUCGGAGUUUUUUGGUAAUAGAGGAGGAGGGCGAGCCUUUACUGGUCCGGGGUUAACGGGUCCUGGGGGGCAGCAUCAGUUGGUAAAGUUUGUUUCGGUUAUUUCCUGGACGCCGCGGUCCGUCACCAAGACCCGGGUUUUGUUUACGUUUUCUGCGGGGCCCCGGACGUGUAUGCGCUUUAUCAGCCCCUCACGGUUCGACACGCUCCGGCGUCUCUGGCUGGCGUUCAGAGACUCGCUCCUGCGACGAUAAUGUUACCCAGCCAGGUCGGGUCGGCACCAUCGGGAAACGGGUCGGCACCGGGCAGGGCUGCGGCGGGACACGGGCCGGGGGUCCGUCCCGUUUUGGUGCGAGCGGGUCAAGUCCUGCCGGGGGUCGGCGAGAGCGGCGCGGCUGCGGGGCGACAGGCGGAGCGGGACGCCGCCGGCAUGCUGGGGGCGAACGGGCCGGGCGGAUCCAGAGGGGCGAGACCGGGGAACGGGGCCGGGCUGAACCCCCUGCAGACAGUCGUCCAAGGAGGCAUCGUGGGGUUGAACGCCGGCGUGGGGAUCCCCCACGGAGCCCGCUUCGACCCGGACCGGGACAGCGCUCCUCUGUGCAGCGGCUCGGAGAACGACUCCGACUCCGGCGACGACGACGACCCGGUGGGCUCGGUCGGGGACCCGCGGAGAGGCGUGAAGCGGGAGCGGGGGGAGAUGGAAGGGGCGGCGGCGGGGCCGGAGCUGGGAGUGACCCCCGGCGGAGGCUACGGCAUGGUGACCGGAGGAGUUGCCGGGGCGAAGCCGGGGAAGAAGACACGUGGGCGGGUAAAAAUAAAGAUGGAAUUCAUCGAUAACAAGUUGAGACGCUACACCACGUUCAGCAAGAGGAAGACGGGCAUCAUGAAGAAGGCCUAUGAACUCUCCACCCUGACGGGAACCCAGGUUUUGCUGCUGGUGGCCAGCGAAACGGGCCACGUCUACACGUUCGCCACCCGAAAACUCCAGCCCAUGAUCACGAGCGAAACGGGCAAAGCCCUGAUCCAGACAUGCCUUAACUCGCCCGACUCGCCGCCGCGCUCCGACCCCUGCAUGGACCAGCGCAUGAGCGCCACGGGCUUCGAGGAGACGGACCUCACCUACCAGGUGUCCGAGUCGGAGAGCAUGGGCGACAGCAAGGACACGCUGAAGCCGACGUUCACCGUGACCAGCAUACCGGGCACGACGAGCAGCGCCCAGUCCACGGUGCCCACCACCUCCACCACCAUGCAGGUGAGCACCGGCGCCUCGUUUCCCAUCACCAACUACCUGGCGCCCGUCUCGACCAGCAGCAACAUCAGCGCCAAUGGAACCGUCCUCAAGACGACCGGCGCCUCCGCGGGACUCAUGCAGCUUCCCAGCGGCUUCACCUUCAUGCCCGCAGGCACUCCUCUCCCCCCCAGCACCCCCACCAUUCCUCUGAGCCAGCUGCAGCAGCACUUGCUGGCCCUCCAGGGGCAGCACGGUCAGACCCAGGCCGCCGCCGCCGCCCGCAAGCCACAGCAGGGACAGCAGGCUGUCCUCCGCUUCCCUGCUGCUGUCUCCCUCACAGGAACAGGGGUACCUCAGCAGCUCCAGGCCAUCCAGGUCCACCCCAACACGCAGCCCACCUCCAACAGCGACAGCAGCCCAGAGAUCUCUCACACCUCCACCAACUCCACCGCAACGGUGAGUCUCCCGGCAACCAUCGUCACGUCGUCGGUGCCAACGUCUGUGCCGGGUCACAUGAUGUACCCCAGCCCUCACACCGUCAUGUACGCCUCCACGCCGGCGCUGGCCGACGGGGGGCUCGCCGUGCUCAACGCCUUCUCCCAGGGAACGUCGGCCAUGCAGGUGUCCCACGCGCACGGCCAAGACGCAGGUGGCGUCCCUCAGGUGUUCCUUACUGCACCUCCUGGCACGGUGCAGAUCCCCGUCUCAGCAGUGCAGCUACACUCAGUACGGCAAGAUCUGCAUUUCACAAAUGGUGAUUGGCCAGCAGUCGAGCGGCAGCAGCAGUAACCUGACGGAGCUGCAGGUGGUCAACCUGGACACGGCACAGAGCUCGAAGGGCGACUGACGGCCGGCUGACCCAGGGACGCGCGCACAUCUCUAUUUAUUGAUGCCUUCCUACGAAAUUUACCACCACUCUUCUGAAUGUGAUUUAUCAGUACAUAUAUAUAAACACAAUGAAGGGCAAAUGUGUGGCAGGCCCUUAAACAAUAUGAAGUAUGUUUUUUUUCUUUUUGUUUUUUUGGUAUAUAAAUAUAUAUAUAUUUGCAAAUACAUAGGAGAUAUAUCACUAUAUUAUAAUUGGAGCCUAUUUUCUAUGCUGUUAGAUGGUGUUAUUUUUAGUGUGAGCUUUGUUUCCGUUUGACAAAAUGUAAUUACACAGAGAGAGAGAGAGACUGCGAGGUGCCACCAGCUUCACACCAGCCAAAGAGACAUUUGUUUGUCUGAAUGUUCCUGUGUGAGCCGUCCGAGCACAUGGUGUGUGUGUUAGUGUGUGUGUGUGUCUCUACACACAUCUGGGUUUUUGUAAAACGGGGCACGGAGGUGUUGCCGCCUGGCUUAAAAAAAAUAUAUAUAUAAAAUCAUACAUUUGGAAAUGUAAAUAGUUUUUAAAACAAAUUAACAAACUUGUAUUUUUAGCUUGGCUCAGUUUGUGCAACGGCAUGUAAUUUUUUUUUUUUGUUUUUUUUUUUUUUAAAUGUAGUGGGUUUUGUUUGUACAUGGAAAAGAUUUGCAUAGAGAAAUUGAAUUAUUUACAUGGACGUGUAAAUUAAUUUAAUGCAUCAUUGUUCACUACAGGAUAGAGAAAGCUGACAUCUUUGACUUUCUAUGCUUUUUACAUUUUAUUUUAUUUUAUUUUUUGGACAUUUGGCAGGCAGGGAGAACCUUGCUACAGGAGAUUUCAGUACUUCUGCCCUUGUCUGGAAACCUUUUGACAGUCGGACACAAGCAUUUGCUAAACCGAUUUUUUUUUUUUUUAAAUGUUCGUAAAAAAGAACCACAUCCUUGCUAGAAACGUUGAAAAAGCUUUAAAAUCUUUUUUUUAAUCGCUGUGGCAUCAUCUAGCAGGCAAAAACCCUAACAUUUAAAGACAGAUUUGGCCCAAUUUGCUUUCUAGUAGCACCCACAAUAUUUUAAUUUAAGAUAUUUAGCCAUGACGCCAUGCUCUAUGAGACGGUUCCCAGGAUCUUUGGAGGAGGAAACGGCCCACAGCAUUAUAGAUCCAUCACUGUACUUGAGAGCACGUUUUCCAACAUAUCCACGCCUCGUUUUAGGCAAAAACUAUCUGCAGUGUUUCAAAAGCACAAAGUUACUAUCCCAGUAAAAGCUGCCAAACGCUGCACUCUUGCAUACAAAGGUCUCCAUUUUUGCUGCUAAAAGUGGAGAUUAUUUUACCCACAGAUUGAGAUUAACUCAGGUCCUCGUCCAGCCUGGUUUCUAUCGGUUCCACUUAUUCUGGACUUUUAUACUAUUUUUCCUGAACGUAUUCCCUCUCAGUGAUUAAAGGCAUGAGUCUCACCAUUUAUACUCCAGGGAAAAAAAAAAAAAAAACAGCAGAUGUCAUGAAUAACUUGAAGUUCCAGGACAGACUGAUCAAUUUAAAGGAGAAAAAAAAUGGUAACAUUUAAGUUUUUCUCCCAUUCAAAGCAGGAUUUUAUUUUUUUCAGUAAUUUUUUGUGUUACAGUAAAAGACGGGUUUGUUUUAAGGCUUGAUGCUGAUUUUUAGCAGGGAUGCUGUAUAAAUACAACUGCUACUCCAGUUGCCUUGAUCCAUUUCCUGGUAAAUUAGGUUUUAGUCAGCAGGCUAGAUUAUGUUUUUUUUUUUCUACGUGAGAACAAGGAUCUGAUUUUUAGAGAUUGUGUCGUGAGGCGCUUUAAAAUGUUAAAGACCCCCUACUGACUGAGUCUGAGUUGCUGAGCCAGACUGGAGGUCCUCUUUCUGCACCAUAGUGCCUCUAAUCCAAAGGCAGAUUUUUUUUUUAAAGCAACAAAGGAACGUAGGAUAUUUUUCUCUCACAUGGCUUUGGACCUGUCGCCCUGUUUUUCUGCUACACCCCGAGGGGGAGAUCAUUUAUUUUGGGCGAACACGACGCAGGAAAAGCCAACAAUCACGUCGCCGUCCUGCGGCCCUGCAGAGCCACACGACACAGACGUUCACUUAGACACGCUGGUACUCAUAAGGAAAUGUUUAUUUUUUAGAAGAUUGAACAGAGUUUUUUGUGUUUUUCACCUUGUCCUUGAAAUGAAAUGAUUGUGUAUUUUUGUUGUACUGUACAUACAUUUUGUAAUAAAACAAGAGAUGAAACGCAAACGGUGUGGAAAACGAGCGCAUCUGCUGAGAGCUUAA